CAAAACUAGAGAGAAAAAUAGUUAAACAUCUUCAAAUCGUUCAAGAGAUCUUUAGGGUUUCUUCCAUUGGUUAACACCGACCACGAUGAGCAGGUUCAAUCAUGAACAUGUCUCAACUUCAACGACCGUAAAUGACCGAGUCAUCAACGGUUGUAUCCUCCAAAAAAAGACAACAAAAGAAUUCAUCCAUCUCAAAACUUUUCAGGUGGCAUCAGAUUCAGUUUCCUUCACUGUGACUUACCAGAAAAAUCUAGAGAUUCGCCACGGUGAUCUCGAAGGACACAAAUUCAAGAUUGCUCUUCCACGACCCGACCCUGUACGUGAACUAGCAUGCGACUUCAAACCGAGAGUACAGUUUAUUGAUCCAUAUGAUGAAGUCAUGAUAGUUUUGUCGGAGAUGAAUCUUCCGCCUUAUACUCAAGAACGUAUUGUCCGUUACAUCUCAACAGAAUUGGUAAAUAUUAGCAGCCUCCACGGUAGAGUAGGAGGAGGAGGAGGCUACAAGCUCGAGGUCAACGUUAAAGUCAACGUGGAUUGUUGCCUGAGGAUUGGAUGUUGCAACAAGGGAAAGAAGGAUAGUUCUUGUCAGGUUCGGGCAAGUCAAGUGAAGAAACAAGUGACGGAAACGGAUUGUCCGGUAUGCUUAACGAAAUUAUCUAGUGCGGAGAGUCGCAUGGAGUUACACUGCUCUCACGUUUUCCAUAGAGACUGUGUGACGAAGUGGCUGAAGAAGAACCCUUCGUGUCCUAUCUGCCGUGCCAACAUUCUUGGUAAAACUGUUUCUCUUUAUUAGCCUUAUGGUUUGUAAAAAGUAAAUUCUCAUAUAAUUUUCAAGUUCAAAUGUUUUUUCUUUUUACUUUUUUCCUUCUAUC